AUGCUCCAGCAAAGAAUCUGGAACAACAUCAGGGUCGCCACAUCGACCUACCGGUCGACCGUCCGAGCCUUCAGCAUCUCGCACCGGGCUCUGUCCAACCAGCAGCGAAACCCUCUGGAAGAGUACGAUUACCGAGUCAAGAAGGGCGUCCUCAAUGACGACCCUUACCAGCGAAAGAUCAUUGAUUCUUUGAUGGAGAUCCACAAGAGCAUUGAGAACUACCAUCCCAAACCCGCCGAGGAGCCCUCCUGGCUGGGACGGCUGUUUGGAAAGAAGGAGACCACAGAUGGCAACCCCAAGGGCAUCUACCUGUACGGAGAUGUCGGCUGCGGCAAGACCAUGCUGAUGGAUCUCUUCUACGACACAAUUCCCAACCAUCUGACCAAGGACCGAGCCCACUUCCACAACUUCAUGCAGGACGUGCACCACCGAUACCACGAGCUGUAUGAGGAGCGAGGCUCCGAUUUCGACGCUUCUCCCAUUCUGGCCAAGGAGAUUUCCAAGCGAGGCAAUGUUCUGUGUUUCGACGAAUUCCAGGUCACCGAUGUGGCCGACGCCAUGAUCCUGCGACGAAUCAUUGAGCUGCUUGACAAGGACGGCGUUGUUCUGUUCCUGACCUCUAACCGAGCCCCCGAUGAGCUGUACAAGAACGGCGUCCAGCGAGAGUCCUUCAUCCCCUGUAUCGAACUGCUCAAGGAGCGAACCCGAGUCACCUUCAUGGAGUCCCCCACCGACUACCGAAAGGUCAAGAAGCCCAUGGAGAACGUCUACUUCUUCCCCGAGACCGAGCCUCCGUUUGUCAAGACCCUCGAGGACAAGGACAUCGCCCCUGCCGCCAAGGAGCAUGCCGACAAGUGGUUUGAGUACUUCUCCCAGGACGGACCCAUUUCCCACGAUGCCUAUGUCGAGAUCUGGGGCCGAAAGCGACACAUCCCCAAGUCUUCCAACCGAACCGCACAGUUCAAGUUCCACGAGCUGUGUGGCGAGCCUCUUUCUGCUGCCGAUUAUAUUGGUCUCUGUAACAACUACGACGCCUUUGUCAUCACCGAUAUCCCCUGUAUGACCAUCCAGGAGAAGGAUCUGGCCCGACGAUGGAUCACCUUCCUUGAUGCCGCAUACGAGGCCAAGAGCAAGUUGGCUGUGACCGCCCAGCGACCCUUCGAGCACCUAUUUGCAGAUAACAGUGACGUUACUCACGAUAAGUCCGACAAGGAGUCGUUCCAGAAAAUUGCCGACGAGAUGGGCAUUGACCCUACCGUCCUUGCCUCGGCCGGUAUGUUCACCGGAGAGGAGGAGCGAUUUGCUUACGCCCGAGCUCUCUCUCGAAUCCACCAGAUGAGCACCACCGACUGGGUCGAGCAGCGAGUCGGCAAAUAG